CGGCGCGGGAGGCGCCAUGCGGCGGGCGGCGUUGGUGCUGUGGCUGCUGUUGCCGGGGCUGGCGGCGCUGGAGCCGAUCAGCGUGGGCCUGGCCAUCGGCGUCGCCUCGGCGCUCACCGGCUACCUGUCCCACCCCCGCUUCUACUGCCGAUACGUGGAGUGCUGCCCCACCACCCGGCACCGCCUCAACGCCACCGCACUGAAGGCGCAGUUGGACACGAAGCUCUUUGGACAACACUUGGCCAAGGAUGUGGUACUCAAGGCAGUGAUGGGUUUCCAGAACAACCCCAGCCCCAAGAAGCCACUGACGCUCUCGCUCCACGGCUGGGCUGGCACCGGCAAGAACUUCCUUAGCCAGAUCCUGGCAGAGCAAAUCCACUCCGCCGGCUUGCGCAGCAAGUUUGUCCACCUCUUCCUGGCCACCCUGCACUUCCCACACCACAACCAACUCCAGCUCUACCAGGAACAACUGCAGAACUGGAUUCGGGGCAACGUCAGUGCCUGUCCCCAGUCUGUCUUCAUUUUUGAUGAGAUGGACAAAAUGCAUCUAGGUCUCAUAGAUGCCAUCAAGCCUUUCCUAGACUAUUACGAAGAGGUUGAUGGGGUGUCCUACAGGAAAGCCAUCUUCAUCUUCCUCAGCAAUGCAGGUGGUGACUUAAUUAAUAAAGCGGCUUUUGACUUCUGGACAAGGGGAAAGCAGAGGGAGGAGAUUCAGCUGAAAGACCUGGAACCCAUACUAUCUGUAGGAGUUUUCAAUAACAAGAACAGUGGAUUGUGGCACAGUAGCCUCAUCGAGAAGAACCUCAUUGACUACUUUGUCCCCUUCCUGCCCCUGGAAUACAAGCACGUGAAGAUGUGUGUCAGGGCUGAAAUGAUAGCCCGUGGCUACGCUGUGAAUGAAAAGGUGGUUCAAGCGGUGGCUGAUGAGAUGACGUUCUUCCCAAAGGAACAGAAAAUCUACUCUGAUAAAGGCUGCAAGACUGUCCAGGCCAAGCUGGAUAUUCACGAAGACAUUGCAAUGAGAUAUACAAAAGCCAAGUACUGAUUAUCCUUCAGGUCUCCAAAGCACUUCCAGAGCUUUUGGAAAUCUGUUCAUUUGCACUUUAGCUUUUUUACUGUUGCGGGGAGUUUGGUGAAAAUACCAGAGUGAGCUGUGUGGGCUUUUAAACUUCUUUUAUUUUAAUCUUAAUAUCCCACCGUUCCUCUCUGAACUGGCUGGUAUCCACACGUUGCCCCCUUUAUUUUUUUUAGCCUACACAGAAUUUCUGAGCGUGACACAUCUAUAGCACAGGAUACAGCCUCUCCUGUUUGAUUGUUCCAAGUGCUGCGAUUAUGAAGUAUUCGAUUCUUUUUUCCACAAAAACUAGACUAGAGCAAAGGAGAACACAGGAAUUCUUCCAGGCAGUCGUAUUCCCCUCCUUGUACACAGUCUUGUUCGUGGGCUGGUGAAAUGAAGGGAUGUGUGGUGUGUUCAGGACCGUGAUAAGUGUCUGCAAGGGUGAAUACCUUUAUGUGUUGCAGUAUGUUUAGCUCAGCAAAAUCCGUUACUCUAUAGUAGAGAAGGGGGUGGAGGGAAGUAAUUGCUUGUCCCUCUGCUGUUUUGAUGACAAAGAAAUUGUCAAAGAAAGUUUAUAUUCUUUUAAAGGGGUAAGCGAGUUUGUGUGGUUACUCCAGGGUGUUUGCCGAAGCAGCAGGACCUGUCUGAGUCAUCUGACUGUUACAACACCCUGGGCCAGUUUCCUGUUCUUAAUUGCAAAAGUCUCAUGAGGAUUUGACUGUUGCAGCUUUCAGGUUUGUCUGCACACAGGGCCCUGUGCCUGAAGGCUCCAAGAUCUGUAGCAGUCCCUCCAGCUGCACCCAAUAGCGCAGGAGUGGGCAACACUACUCUUACCUUGCUUGGAAGACAUUUUCACAGCAGAAGUUAUUUUUAAUAGUGUACUUCUAUACUGAAGCAUAAAGAACAGCAACACAAAGCUCUUCCUCGAAAGCCAAAGAGAAGGGAGUAUUGGAAAUAGGAGAGCCAUCAACAACAAUCCCAUACCUCGCUAAAUAAGUAUGUUUUAUAGUAGCUUUUAACAUUGAAGAAUAUCUGUGUGGAAGGGUGAGCAAGGAGUCAGGGAGCUGGGAAAGAUUCACUUUUUUAACCUUCACCCAGUUGGUAAGGCUGGGGUUUAAAACUCUUGCAAGCUUUAACUCUUUCAUCAUCCAUCACUUGGGGAUCAAGUAUUGCAGUGCAAGACAGAAGUGCCUCUCACUUGGUUGAUUGUAGUGUGUUUUUAAACGGGUAUGAAGGAUUGGGUUGUCCUUGGGCUGCAGCAUCUACUCCCCUACUUACUUUAAGAUGAGAUGCAAACCCUCUAAGUCUCAACACCAUUAUGUUACUUCAAAUCACGACAGUGAGCUUGGCGUUCAUGUGAAGUGUCAACUGCCUUUCAGAGCCCCGCCUGGAGUUUGGCAAACCGUUCACACUGAUGCAAUCGCCAGAGCCAAAUGCAGGCGAGCCAUUAACCUUGGGACAUUGGACUGUUGCUUUUCAUGUACAAUGUUUUACCCAUAAACCAUCUUAUUCAUAGGUGUAAAUACUGCAUCCAGUUUCAUUUACUCUGAAUACAAAAUACUUGUGCAGUUUCAAGACACUACGUAUUACCACUGUACUGCAGUUGGAAUAAAUCUUAGGUCACUGUUUUCUCUCUGUUUAAUCAUUUUCAGCCCUAGAAAGGUACUAGCUUAUGCACUUUUCUGUGUAAGCAGAUUAAAUAGCCUGUUGAUAUUAAAGCAUGUUGAGUCAUCCAAUAGCAGAGUAAGGUAUUCAGCUGUUAAAAUACAGCUCAGUAGAAACAAACACCUAUGAAAAAGUCUUAAGAGUGUCUACCUGCUCUGCUUCGUAGCUAUUAAAGGGUAUCUCCUACCAUGCUACCGGGCAGCGCAGGACAAAUAAGCCUUGGGUAGCUUAUUUACCUAUUCUUCCUCUCUGUGUUGUGCCUGGAAAGCUGUCAUUUGAGGCAACUCUUCACCUCUCCUCUAGCUGGCAAAGGCUUUCAUCCUGUCUCUGUGGCCCAGAGCAUCUGCAGCCUCUCCAGCCUAGAAAAAAAAAGCCAGUGUGUAAAUAACAGCCUGAUUCAAGCAAGGUACAGCUGUUGGCAGGAACCCGCACCUCACUGAAGAGUCCAUUGUUCACACUGUUGUGGACCAUGUGUUGCGCUGUAACGAUGCACAAGGAAACUCAUUACUGAGCAUAUACAAGAAGCGUAAGCUGCCUUGUUCCUCAGGACUUUGCACUAUGCCUGCACAGCACUGCACACACGACAGCUUGGCUGUUUGGCCCCGGACAUCAGGCGGGUGAAGGGCCAGACUGUCUCUGUCUAAAGCAGCACUUACUACAUCGCUGUAUUUUAAGUUCCCAGUGGCCUGUUACUAAUGGCCAGUUAACCAGUUGCAGCAAGAAAGGCGGAGUGAGGAUCUGAGCUUUGAAACCGUGCAGCCUAAAGGGGAGGGUAAUGACAGGAUCAAAGCUGGAAGUGAUUUCAGGCAUACGUUUCCUUUACCCAGACAGGUCUGCCGUUUUCAAGACAGGAGAGAUUAAACGGAGGCAGUCUCCAUCCUGUGAGCAUAAUUUCUGCACCCUCUAGAGAAAGCUCUCAUCCAUUCUGAGCCAUCUAGGGCUAUGAUAUCAUUAAAUACUCGCUACCAAUGCAUGUCAAAUGCUAAUAUUGAUGCUGCAACAGCACAUAAAGCAGAAGUGAGAGUGUAGUGAAUGCUGGAGAAGCCCCAGUACUGCUUGGGUGAAUGGCUUCUUUUGAUGAGAAGGUAUCAGACAGUAGCAAGAGUUUAUCAGUUUUACAUCUGAUUUUUCCAUUAGCCAUUCAUUUGCUAUAGUCAGGAGGUCAAAGAAAUAGAUAAAUACCCGAGUUCAAAACACUUAUUUACUGACAAAUACUAGGGCUAAUAAUUGGCAUAUUACACAACUUCAGAGCAGAACGGGACCCUUGAAUUCUUACUGACCCUUUUUUCCCCCCUCUCUUGCAGAAAAAACUUCAAGAUGCUCCCACUGAAAACGUGGGUGGCUUCAGUCAGAGCCUGCAGGGUGUUCAGGCAGUGGUACCACAGUGAGAGGAGAGGAGAAGCAGGCUUUUAACUAGGCUCUGGAAGACAAAUUCAUCUUUAUGAUACUGUUCAGCACAUACACAUCUAGAAAGUCUGCCUCUACAAAAGCCAUGAGAGGAUAAUUAGUACUGACGAUCUAGAAGCACAGUUUCCACUCUAAAUCUCGUUUGCUUCCCU